CGGGAGGUAAGCUGGCCAGCGACUGCUCUGUGUCUCGUUUCUGUGUCUAAUCCUGUGACUCUGACUGUCUUUUCUGAGCGCGCGCAUUUUGGUUUCAGUUUGUUCCGGGUUAGUCGCUCUGGGAGCGAAGUGCGGGUAGCGAACAGACGUGUUCGGGGGCUCGCCACCCGGCAAUCCUGGGAGACGUCCCAGGAUCAGGGGAGGACCAGGGACGCCUGGUGGACCCCUUGGCAGAGGAUUAUUGUGUUUUGGUCUCACCGCGUCUCGGGAGGCGCGCUCUGCCAUCGGACUCUUUCUUCUAUUUCUACGGCACUCGGUCUCGUCGCCGUUUCUGGUUUCUUUUUGUCUUAGUUGUGAUAGGUCUUUGCGUCGUCGUUCCCCUAUUGGAAAUUUUCGAGAUGGGGCAAGGUGCCCUUACGCCCCUCUCCCUUACUCUAGAUCAUUGGAAAGAUGUCAAAGCCAGGGCUCACAAUCUGUCCAUGGAGAUCAAAAAAGGAAAAUGGCAGACUUUCUGUUCGUCUGAGUGGCCCACAUUCGGCGUAGGUUGGCCGCCAGAGGGAACCUUUGAUCUUACUGUCAUUUUUGCAGUUAAAAAGAUUGUUUUUCAGGAGACCGGAGGACACCCGGACCAGGUUGCCUAUGUCGUGGUAUGGCAAGACCUCGCCCAGAAUCCCCCUCCCUGGGUGCCACCCUCCAGCAAAGUCGCUGUUGUUUCGGGAUCAGAAAAUACUCAAAGGCCACCUACAAGGAAGCCUUCCGCCCCUCCCCAACCCCCCGUCCUCCCGACACCAGACGACUCGCUCCUUCUCUCUGAGCCCCCGCCCUACCCGGCGGCCCUGCCGCCUCCUCUGGCCCCUCAGGCGAUCGGACCGGUGCCGGGCCAGGCGCCCGAUAGUUCCGAUCCUGAGGGACCAGCCGCUAGGACCAGGAGUCGCCGUGCCCGCAGUCCGGCAGACGACUCAGGUCCUGACUCCACUGUGAUUUUACCCCUCCGAGCCAUAGGGCCCCCAGCUGAGCCUAAUGGCUUGGUCCCUCUACAGUAUUGGCCUUUUUCCUCAGCAGAUCUUUACAAUUGGAAGUCUAACCACCCGUCUUUUUCUGAAAAACCAGCAGGACUCACGGGACUUCUUGAGUCCCUUAUGUUCUCUCACCAGCCCACUUGGGACGAUUGCCAACAGCUACUCCAGAUCCUCUUCACCACUGAAGAGCGAGAAAGGAUUCUUCUGGAGGCCCGCAAGAACGUUCUCGGGGACAACGGGGCCCCUACACAACUCGAGAACCUCAUUAAUGAGGCCUUCCCCCUCAAUCGACCUCAAUGGGAUUACAACACGGCCGAAGGUAGGGAGCGUCUUCUGGUCUACCGCCGGACUCUAGUGGCAGGUCUCAAAGGGGCAGCCCGGCGCCCCACCAAUUUGGCUAAGGUAAGAGAGGUCUUGCAGGGACCAGUAGAACCCCCCUCGGUUUUCUUGGAACGCCUAAUGGAGGCCUAUAGAAGGUACACUCCGUUUGAACCCUCUUCUGAGGGGCAGCAGGCUGCGGUUGCAAUGGCCUUCAUCGGACAGGCAGCCCCAGAUAUCAAGAAAAAGUUGCAGAGGCUAGAGGGGCUCCAAGAUUAUUCCUUACAAGAUUUAGUGAGAGAGGCAGAAAAGGUGUACCACAAGAGAGAGACAGAAGAGGAAAAACAAGAAAGAGAAAAAAGAGAGACAGAAGAGAGAGAGAGACGGCGCGAUAGGCGCCAAGAAAAAAACUUGACUAGGAUUUUGGCCGCAGUGGUAGGUGAAAGAGGGUCUAGAGAUAGGCAGACAGGGAACCUGAGCAACCGGGCAAAGAAAACACCUAGGGAUGGAAGACCCCCUCUAGACAAAGACCAAUGCGCGUACUGUAAAGAAAAGGGUCACUGGGCAAGAGAAUGUCCCCGGAAAAAGAACAUCAGAGAAGCCAAGGUUCUAUCCCUAGAUGACUAGGGGAGUCGGGGUUCGGACCCCCUCCCCGAACCUAGGGUAACACUGACUGUGGAGGGGACCCCCAUUGAGUUCCUGGUCGAUACCGGGGCUGAACAUUCGGUGUUGACCCAACCCAUGGGGAAGGUAGGGUCCAGGCGGACAGUCGUAGUAGGAGCAACCGGCAGCAAAGUCUACCCCUGGACCACACAAAGACUUUUAAAGGUUGGACAUAAACAAGUGACCCAUUCCUUUUUGGUCAUACCUGAGUGCCCUACUCCUCUGUUGGGCCGGGACAUCCUGACCAAACUAAAAGCUCAAAUCCAGUUUUCUACAGAGGGCCCACAAGUAACAUGGGGAGAUCACUCUACCAUGUGCCUGGUCCUAAACCUAGAAGAAGAAUACCGGCUGUAUGAAAAGCCGGCCUCUCCCUCCAUCGACCCAUCCUGGCUCCAACUUUUUCCCACCGUAUGGGCAGAAAAGACAGGUAUGGGACUGGCCAAUAACGUCCCACCAGUAGUAGUAGAGCUGAAAUCGGGUGCCUCACCGGUGGCCGUCCGACAGUAUCCAAUGACUAAAGAAGCCCGGGAAGGCAUCAGACCCCACAUCCAAAGGUUCUUAGACCUAGGGGUCUUAGUGCCCUGCCAGUCGCCCUGGAACACCCCUCUGCUACCAGUAAAAAAGCCAGGGACCAAUGACUAUCGGCCAGUCCAAGACUUGAGAGAAAUUAACAAAAGGGUGCAAGACAUUCAUCCCUCAGUCCCAAACCCAUACAGCCUCCUGAGUUCCCUUCCGCCUAGUCACACUUGGUACUCAGUCUUGGAUCUCAAGGAUGCCUUUUUUGCCUCAAACUACACCCCAACAGCCAGCCACUGUUCGCGUUCGAGUGGAGAGACCCAGAAAAAGGUAACACUGGUCAGCUGA